GUGUCCCUGAGCGAGGACUUUGGCGGGGGGAGGCCGGGCUCUGUUGGGGUGAGAUCUGGACCCGAGGCCCCGAUGCGGUGAGCUGCGUUGGUGACUGUUCCUCCCGGGAGCCGAGGUCGCGCGGGCGCUGCCGGUGCCGCCGCUGCGGGCAGCGCUGGCUCCCGGGCCGGCUUCCUGCCGCCGCGCUUGUGCGGCGCAGCCGACUGGGAGGCUGCCGUUCCGCCCUGCGCGUGCCUGCGCUUCACGGUGGGGAGUUCGCUGUGCGAGAUAAGGCACAAGUGCACAGCCCCGCUGGUGUGCGGCCUGGCACGGGCGUUGUCAGGCGCAGCCCGUUAACAGGAGCGCGCUGCGGGGAGCGAUUCUGUGAGCAGCUUCCCGGAAUCGCCUGGAAGACGUCCUGGGUCGGCUGUCAGAACUGCCCGCUCGCCGUGCCGCGGGGCCACCUCCACAUCCCCAUCGCUGCCCCUGUUUGACGGCAUCGUGGUCUGCAGCGCUCCCCAAGCCCUCGAGCUCUGUUGGUUUUGCAGAGGACAAGCUGCUGAGGCCUUGACGAAGUGGGAGCCGACAGAAAGGCUCUCGCUGGUGGGAUUGUGCUGACGCCAGUGUCUGCCCCACCACACGUGGCCCCUGCGGCCGUCUGCCGGAGAGCAAAUCCCAGGGUGAGCAGCUGGCGGCACAGAUGUGGGCUCCCCCGGCUCCCACCCCCCUCCAGCACCUCCCGCGGGUGGCGUGAGCCCAGCCCGGCCCCAGCGUGGAGCUGCCCGAGCGAGGGGCUGUGGGGCAAACGCUGCUGCGCUGGGGGCCGGUGGCGUUGUGGUGAGGAGCUGGCCCGGUGGCCCUUGUCCCGCCGAGCUGCGGCACUGGUGAGCAGCCGCGGGGAGUACGGUCCUGUCAUGGCACCGUGUCCUGAGCUGGGCCCCGUCUCGGCUCGGGCCCAAGGGGGAGCUGCUAAUCCUGCUGCCCCCUGGGGAUUACUGUGCACUCUGGCCCAGGGAUUAAGGGAUUUCUCUAAGCGGGGCUGAUGCAGCCUCCUGCAAAGCGGCUUGUGCGUGGGGGGGCCUUGCUGUCCGGGGCGGGAGGGCCAGUGCCAGGAGGUGGGCUGGGCUGUGCGAGGUGUGGGAGAGCCCAAAGCGGGGGCUGCCAGGCCCCCUCAGGCUGGGGGUCCCUGCCCUCUCCACACCAGCCCUUUCCCUGGCAUCCCCCUCUUCCACAGGUCUCUGGGGCUCCCGGGUUGAGGACACGGGGACUGUGCAGGGAUGGCACUGGGCUCAGAGCAGAGCUGGCGCCAGGGGCUGGGCCAGCGUGGUGUUGGGCAGGGACAAUGAGCCGGUUCCUCCCCUGAGAGCUGGGGAGUGGAGAACGAUGCAAUGCGUUGGUGAUGCUCAGCAAUUAUGCAUCAGGGACGCAGCGCAGCCCGUGGGGCCCGGGCGGCUGUUUCAGCUGGUCCGUGCUCUGGGCUCUCACGUCGGGGUUGGAUGUUUCUGCUCUGGGCCCGAGGGAGGGGGAAGCUGCCGGGGGGCUGCUCUCCAGGCCCGGAUCAGCGCCCAGAGCUGUGGUUAACGCCGCCCUGGGUGUUGGUGAACACCCACCUUGCCCGGGCAGGCUGCGAGGGUUGAGUCGCGCAUCCGGGUCACUCAGCGUGGGAGACGCUUCACGCAGACCAGAGCACCCCGAGCGCCCUUGCUGCACGGGGGUUCCUGUAGAUGCCGGUCCAGGCCCUGGGCAGGCGUUUGCCAAAUCACAUGCCCGGCUCAGCCCGCCGUUUGCGACUCCUCUUGCCUGCCCUUUUGCCUCCUGGCGAUGCAGCAACUGCCUCUUUGACUCUGGGAAAGGGGAAGUGGUGCCAAAACCAGAGUGUCAGUCCCCUCCUGCCCUGCAACCCCUGCCCGCAAGGGCAGCUCCUGGGUGCCCUUCCCGCUGCCGGCCCCGCUCGCGUUUCUCCUGGCUCAGCACGUCCCGGUGCUGCUGGCGCGGGCAGGCAGAGCUUGCUGGAUGCUGGCAGCCGCGCUGGCCGCAGGACGCUGCCUCCUGCCCCAACAGGCUCUGGGGUUUGUUCCGCAGGGCUGUGCCUUGCGCUCGGCAUCGCUCCUGCUUUGAGGGAAAGAGCUGUCAGUCCGGUUUGGUUCGCUCGACGCCCGUGGGGCUGGAGGGAUGCGAGUGCUGGGGGACAGGAGGGCGGCACCUUCCCCCAGCCCCACUGCUGGCCCCCAGGCCAGGAUCCCGGGGCAGGGCCAUCCCGUUCCGGCUGCAGGACCCCCCAGCACUGGGCCGGUGGUGGAGCAGGAGGCAAACCCAAAGCCUGGCGUCUGACCGGUGUGGCCAGGGCUGGCAGAGGUGCAGCGGGGCUGCCCGUGCGUGGGGCUGUGCCGGGAUCGGUGCCCGGGCCCUGCGCCCCACAAGCGGGGGCCGUGGCGGCACCCCGUGCUCCCCACGCCUUGCCAGAGCUGCCUUGUGUCUUGGUGCACCUUCCUUUAUGCAGCUCUGGUUGCUACGCGACCGCCGGCUCCCGAUGCUUAGCGCUCUAAUACGGAGGGAUAAAACCGCUCUAAAAAUACCCCACAGCCGGCCCCCUGUGGGGCAACGGGGCUGCUGGGGGCAGGCAGCGUGGCGUGGGGGUGCUCCUGGGGUGUUCCCAAACUCCUUGUCCUCUCUGGUGGCUCUGAGCCACCGGCGGAGCGUCAGGAGCGGAGCGGCUGCCGUGCAGGCGGGGACACGCCGGGCUGGCGCGUGGGCUCCGCAGCUGGAGCUGCCCGGCCAGAGCCGCCUUCCCGGCUGCCUCCAGAGCCGGAGUCCUCCGGCUGCCCUGCCUGCGCGCCGCCUGCGGGGAGCCUGCCGCCGAGCCCUGCCUGCUCCUGCCUGCCGCUGCCUGCUCCUGCCUGCCGCGUCCCGUGAGGGACCCCCAACACCAUGGGGACGGUCAGCGAGCUCUGUGCCUCCAGCUUCCAGGCCUUCCUCUGCCCCUCGGUGGCCACCAAGGCAGUGCCCAGUGACCUGACCCCCGAGGAGUGCCAGGAGCUGGAGAACAUCCGCCGCCGCAAGCAGGAGCUGCUGGCUGACAUACAGCGGCUGAAAGAUGAGAUAGCAGAAGUGACGAAUGAGAUCGAGAACCUGGGCUCCACGGAGGAGAGGAAGAACAUGCAGAGGAGCAAGCAGGUGGCGAUGGGCAGGAAGAAGUUCAACAUGGACCCCAAGAAGGGCAUCCAAUUCCUGAUCGAGAACGACCUGCUGAAGAACACGUGUGAGGACAUCGCCCAGUUCCUGUACAAGGGAGAGGGCCUCAACAAGACAGCCAUCGGUGACUACCUGGGCGAGAGGGAUGAGUUCAACAUCCAGGUCCUGCACGCCUUCGUGGAGCUGCACGAGUUCACCGACCUCAACCUCGUGCAGGCCCUGCGGCAGUUUCUGUGGAGCUUCCGCCUGCCCGGGGAGGCACAGAAGAUCGACCGGAUGAUGGAGGCGUUUGCCCAGCGGUACUGCCAGUGCAACCCUGGCGUGUUCCAGUCCACGGAUACCUGCUACGUGCUCUCCUUCGCUAUCAUCAUGCUGAACACCAGCCUGCACAACCCCAACGUCAAGGACAAACCCACGGCCGAGCGCUUCAUUGCCAUGAACCGUGGCAUCAACGACGGGGGGGACCUGCCCGAGGAGCUGCUGCAGAAUCUCUACGAGAGCAUCAAGAACGAGCCCUUCAAAAUCCCUGAGGAUGAUGGCAACGACCUCACCCACACCUUCUUCAACCCCGACCGGGAGGGCUGGCUGCUGAAGCUAGGAGGCCGCGUGAAGACGUGGAAGCGCCGCUGGUUCAUCCUGACCGACAACUGCCUGUACUACUUCGAGUACACGACGGAUAAAGAGCCCCGCGGCAUCAUCCCCCUGGAGAACCUGAGCAUCCGUGAGGUGGAGGACUCCAAGAAGCCGAACUGCUUUGAGCUCUACAUCCCCGACAACAAGGACCAGGUGAUCAAGGCCUGCAAGACGGAGGCGGAUGGGCGCGUGGUGGAGGGGAACCACACGGUGUAUCGCAUCUCUGCCCCCACGGCCGAGGAGAAGGAGGAGUGGAUCAAGUGCAUCAAGGCAGCCAUCAGCCGGGACCCUUUCUACGAGAUGCUGGCAGCCAGGAAGAAGAAGGUGUCCUCCACCAAGAGACACUAGCGGCCUCGUGCCCCGGCAGCCCCAGCGUCUCCUGUCCCAGAGGCUGCGGGGCCCUUGGGCCCAGGACUCAGCUUUAGCUUCGCAGUUUCUUUACCGUGCGGGGAAGGAGGGGGCACGGGCGUCUCGGCUCUGUGCCCGCACGGCCUCACCUCCAGGACAGCAUCUUCACGGCAUGAGCUGGGACAUGGACACUCCUGUGUGCAGGAGCCUGGUCCUGCCCCGGCCGGGCUGCAGGAUGGGGAGUGCCGCGAGUGUGAACCGUCCCCCCGCCUCGGCCACCCAGGCACCCUCCGGGCUCCCAGUCCCCCCAGCACCCAUGUCCUGGAGCACUCGGCGUGUCCUCUUGGGCAGGUGAAGGGUUUUGGGGCGCUGCUGGUGCCGGGUGACGAGCAGCAGCCCGGGGGUGGCUGGGGGAGCCCCCUGGGGUGCGGCCGCUGGCCCGCGUUGUAGCGGGUCUGGGCCUGUCCUGGGGGCGCUGCCGCCCCGGACCCUCCCAGCUGUCCCCUGCUCCAGGGGUGGUCCCUGCAGGUGCAGGGAGGGCUGAGGGGCAGGGCGUCGUCACUGUCACGGUGUGCAGUGGUGCCACGUGGGGCACCAACAGGCCCUCGCCAAGCUGUGGGUGCUGGAGCUCAGGCGUAGGCCCUGGUCCGGUGUCGCCGGGUGGCGUUGCCUCUGGCACGUGCCUGUGCCGGUGGGACGUGCCUGGCGCCGGUGCAGGGACGGCUGGUGCUGGGGGGUCCGGCCGCGGCCUGCAGCCCCCCCAGCUCUGCCUUGCAAACACCCGUGUCUUGUCCUGUCCCCUCAGCCACCGCGCAGGCUCUGGAGAGAGGCACCCGGAUCAGUAUUAGGCUAUUUAUCAGAGGUGUAAAUACUCCUGUAUAGUUUUCUCCUUUAGGUCAUUUUGUACGUUGGGUGGUUCCGCGCAGAGGCCUCUCUGGAGGGCGGGGGUGGCAGGAUUUUUUAUUCUAACAGGUUUUGUUUUUUGGGUUUUUUUGCCACAGCCUUGUAAAGUAGUGCUGAGGAUCUGCAGCAAAUAAACACCGAACCGCG